AUGUCAAUUAUAGAUCAAAUUGAUUUGAGUUUAGAAAAAGCAAGUAGCCUAUAAUAAAAACGUUUUGAAGCAGAAGAAUCAAAAUAAAAAUCUCUUAAUUAUGAGCUCAAUUAACUAAGAAAUUAAUUAAAUGAAAGUUAAGAGGAUUAAGAUGAAGAGAUGACUCCUGAGAGAAGUCAUAGUUAAAAUUAUAGUCAAUCAUAAUAUUCACCAUUAAGAAAUGAUAUUAAACAAUUAGAAUUAUAAAAGUAAUUACUAUAAUCAUCAGAGCGUAAAUUGUAAUAAGAAAUUGAUGAAUCAGACAAUGAUGAUAAUUAAUUAUAGAUAUAUCCUAAAUAUGAUAAAUAAUUUAAAUAAUAAACUUAAUAAUAAUAAUAAUAAUAGGUUUAAUAAAAAUAAUAGUAGGAUUAAAGUAAACAAAAUAACAAAACUUAAAAAGAGAGUAUUUAAAAAAUGAGAUCAAAGAAACAUCAUCAACUAGAAAAUACUUAAAUAAAGAAAGAUUUUUAAUAAAAAACAUAAAAAAGUGUUCCAAAAUCAACUUAAAUAAUAACAACUACAACAGAAAGAAGAAAUGAUAAAGAAAAUGGUUUUGUAAUUUAAGAAUAAAAACCUGAAUAUUAAAAAUUGAAAUAACAUAUUAAUUCUGUAAAAGCAUAAGUUUCAAAUUAAUUAGUAAAAAAUGAGAAAACUAAACUAGAAACAUAAAAUGAUGAAUCAAAUUAAUACAAAAUAAGAGGAUUUAGAGAUUAAGCUGAAAUUAAAUAUUUUGGGUAAUAACUUAAUCCAAUUUUUUAGACGACCACUACCAUGCAAUGAAUGUGUAUUUUUAUUAAAUAAAGGAAUGAGUUCAGAUUAUUGUUCUUAACAUGGCAAAAUGAACAAAGAAAGACCACCAAAUAAAACAUUGCCUAAAAGAUUUGCAAAGUUUUUUUGA